AUGGUAUGGUCUCCGCCGUACGCAAACGACUUCUUGGACCCCAUCGAUAGUCCGUGGGACGGUGUCAUGCACCAAGAGCUUGCGCAAUGGGGCUAUACGGAAUCGGAAAGGUCUCAAUUAUGCGAUUAUGGCACAUUCUGGGGUCUUGGCAGAGCAUUCGGAAGUCUUGGUAUCGAUCCACGAUCAAACUUCAACCAUGGGCCUAACAGAUGCUUCCGUGUCAGCCAUGGAGAUACAACGAGGAAGCGACCAGACGGCCGACCGUGGCCGCUCUCCGAGCAAACCUACAUCUCCCCAGAUGGAAGGUCUAACAGGGUGACAGGCGCCUUCUCCGACAUUGGCGUCAACCCUGAUGCGGGCAUAGUAUUUUUCAUGAGCAGAAGAAGUGCUGUCGAAUCGGCAAAGAUCCUUUGGCGACAAGAUCCACCGUCGCGGAGGGAUCUUCCAGCACUACGGAGUAGUUCUGACUUCGCGUGGGCAUUCUGGAACCGAGUGCCGCAUUUUACCCCAAUAACAGCGUUCUGGAGCGUGAGCGUCAACAAUCGCCAGACGCUGGAUAUCUUGAGCCUCGUCUUCAAGACCUAUCAGCCGCCACCAGGGCAACAAAGAGUGAACAGUGUUCAGGACUGGCCUGGAACCGAUUUUGAGAUAACUUCUGUUGAAGCACUCGCUAUCUUGGGUUCUCCGACAGGCAUAGCAGCUGGCUUCUUCCUCGCCCAGCACAAACGACAAUUGGGAGGCAACAAGAUGAUCGUGAAGAUCACGGUCUUCAAAGCCCUCCAGCCCGUCACGGAUGACGAAUUUCCAACCAUAAUUUUCUGGGUGCAAAACGCUCGCAACAUUUAUGGCGGUAUCAACGGGGCGCAUUCGGUGAAUGUCUCAGAUGUGGUGGGGAUCGAUCGUAUGUGGGAGUUCGGAGAGCCGAAGGUGCUCAAAAGGAGCGCAGAUGGGAAGAGCGUAAUUCGAGAGCAUGUUGUUCGUGUCGAGCUGUAG